AUGGGUCAGCGCCUGAGUGAGGACAGUGACCCAGACAAAGAAAUUGAUGUGGCAGAGCUGCAGGAAUGGUACAAAAAAUUUGUUGUGGAAUGCCCAAGUGGGACUCUCUUCAUGCACGAGUUCAAGGGCUUUUUCGGCGUCACUGACAACAAAGAGGCUGCAGAUUACAUUGAAAACAUGUUUCGAGCCUUUGACAAGAAUGGCGACAACACCAUUGAUUUUCUGGAGUACGUGGCGGCCUUGAACUUAGUCCUGAGGGGUAAACUGGAACAUAAGCUCAAAUGGACAUUCAAAAUGUAUGAUAAAGAUGGAAGUGGAUGCAUUGAUAAAACAGAGCUUCUUGAAAUUGUGGAGUCUAUUUAUCGACUGAAGAAAGCCUGCCAUGGAGAGCUGGAUGAAGAAUGCAAUCUGCUGACCCCAGAUCAAGUGGUUGACCGGAUAUUUGAGCUGGUUGAUGAAAAUGGAGAUGGGGAGCUCUCGCUGGAUGAGUUCAUUGACGGAGCACGGAGGGACAAAUGGGUGAUGAAGAUGCUGCAGAUGGACGUCAACCCUGGGGACUGGAUCAAUGAGCGAAGGCGCAGUGCUGACUUCUAAGGCUGUAACAUGAACUGUCAGUCUGUCACCUGCACACAUCCC